AUGAAUGAAGAGAAAGGAGGUGCCUAUACACCUGAAGAUUCAGGUGUACAGGCAGGUUGGCAAGAAGAAGAGGGUUUAGGUCUUUGUUGUCCUCCUAAUUCAUUAUUUCAAGACACACUACAUAGUAUCCUUGUUGAAGGUAUCCCAACUCCUUCUCGUUCUCUUAGUACUUUUUGUUUAUCUGCUGAUUCUUCUUCUUCUUUUAUUCAUCGCUUAUUUAUACCUGAUAAGGAUAAUAUCCUUUAUAAGAUAGAGGCAUCUGCUGAUUGGCCUAUAGGGUGGGGCCCCCACCAUGAUAAUUGUACCCUACCAGAAGGGGCCCCAGAGGGGGGCCCCCCUCAAGUGGCCACUGAAGGGGCUCUUGAAGGGGCCCCUGAGGGUCCCCUCGGCGAGGCCAGUGAGGUUUCCAAGGAGAACGCCGAGGAUCCACCGGAGGGCCCCCCUACGGGGGGCCCUAAGGGGGCCCCCAAGGGGGCCCCCAAGAAAGGGGGGAAAGAUUUAUUUGCUCACUAUAUAGCUGGUAAACCCUUGGCUAGUUGCUCCGUGUCUGUACUAAGUGGUCCUCUGCAUGCAGCAGAUUUGCUGCUAGAGAUUUCCUCUGUAUCUAGAGAUCCUGCUAUACGAAGAGAGUUGGCUCUUCAACUAUCACGAAUGAGGCAAAGACUACAAUGCGGGCCUAUACAACGUUUCCUUCGCUCUGUACACCGUAGGAAAUCGGGGUGUCUUCGAUGUAUACAAAUAAGAAAUUCAGAGAAGAUAUGGAUGGGCCUACAACAGGAUACAGUUGUCAUUAUCCACCGCUUUGUUUGUACGGAUGUUCUCCGUCGUGACUUAACACUCCAAUACUGCAAAGAAUUUGCGCGGGCAGCAACUGAGGGUUUAACGAUGCGUCUAUCCGAUGCUGUUGCCUCCAUAGAAGCCCCAGAUAUCCUUAAGGGUGAACUAGAAGAAGCGGAUAUAAAAGAGGAUGAGUUAGCAGUCUUUCUGCUUCUCGGAAUAUUUUCUUGUGAUAUAUCCACCGCUACAAGAAGUCUUAGGGCCCUCUCUCUUAGCGAAAUGAGUAAUUAG